AACAAUGAAACUGAGUACAUGUAAUUCGUUUGAACACCACGGAACGAAGCAACGAAAUGACCGCCGCGUGGUCGUCGUUUCCCACUCCACGCAACCUGCAAACGCGUUCAAACACCUGCUUGCAUGGAGCGGUACGCCUUAAGGGGAAUCCCCACAUUAUUGUCAUUGUAGUCGCCAUCUAGCGUUGAAGAGAUCAUACUAAUUUUCGGUUCUUGUUCAGCAUCUCUGGCGGUGAAAUGCCCAAAUUUGUCGAUAUAUAGUUCUUACUUUUCACGCUAGAUGGCGCCAUUAAGGUACUCUUACUCGAUCCCUUUGCGGUCCAUUGAAAUAAUCCAUUGAAAUCAGAGAAUUUGGACCGCAAAAGGUUAAAUUAAUCAUAAUAUUAAUUCGAGUAUAAUAGUUUCACUGAUAUUAAACCUAGUAUAUGUCAUUAUAUGUAUCGAAACACGAAUGAACUGAAAAUUUAAUCAGCCUCUAAGGGAAAUGAAUAUAAUUGAUAAUAUCAGUGACGACAUCUUAGAGAAAAUGUGUUUCAAAUAUAUGUUUUACACUUUUUGUUAUGGACCCUUUUCCAUUAAGUGACACCUACACCGCUUCCCGUGUUUCCUAGAUCAUCCCUGAUCAUCCCUUCUUUUUCAUCGCGUCCAAGAGGGGAUGGAGCCAAGGUGUUUGACGUCAAGACCGCUAAGAGAGCCAUCGCGCGGCAACGAGUACAUCAUACUCACUCGUUUGAAGAUCAGGUACCGACACGGUUACCGAUUUCGCUCGUGAAAAAACGCGCGGUACGGUUUUUUUUAUUUUUUACUCGUUAGCGGAUGUGCCCCCUCGCGAUUUUCGGUAACGCUUACCGUUUUCGUUCGCCCACGGCGGUCUUGAUGCUGGAACGAACAUAAUCGCGCGGAGUUGCUCGCUCAUCCUUGCCAACUGUAGACGGAAGUCGACAGGUAAGGCAAAAACGAAACGCGGUGACUUCGUUCGACGCGUAAAAUCAUUUGUUGUUUCGAGUAAUCGGCUUUCAGUGAUCGCUCCUCUUCGGCUACGUAUACAGAGAUGGGCAAACAUUUCUAACUAGCUAACAAUUUCCAAAUAACGAACGAAAGAUGAACACGAAAUUCAAAUUUAUGUUGCGGUAUAAAAUAUAUUGAAAUGAAUAUUUUAAUUGAAUCACGACUGGGAGAUAAUAGUCGUAUUCGAAAAGACUGGUUUAGAAACAGAACUACAGUCGAACUCCGCCUCUUGCAUAUGUAUCAGCAUAAAUAUAACGUGUUCAUCUUAUACGUACCCUUACAUAAUUGCGCAACAAAGAUGCUAAAUAAAAUAGAUAAAAAUAAAUAUAGAGCAAACUGAAGAUAUCGAGAUUUGUUGAUAGUUCGAUCCAUUAGUCGUUGGAUUUGGCUCUCUUCGAGAGAUAUAAUCGAAUCAGACGCAGAAUUUCAAAAAGACUGGAGGCUCCACGAACUAGUUCCGAGGCGUUCGGACAAGUUACGAAAAUGAAAAUCAAUGGUUCGAAUAACAGAGCGAUGAUUCUCGUUUUCGUUUAACUGAACAUUUUAGUUAUUAAAUCGAGGAUUCGUUACCUAUUAUUCGAAUCGAAUUUUGCCCGUCUCUGCUCGUACCACUUCGGUAUAGCUCGGCGAUCCGUGACGGACAUUUUCAAAUUCAGCGUCGUAAUUAUAUAUUCAAUGCCAUCGAAUGUGAACUUUAAACGCGUAAAAAAGAUCGGCGUGUAUCGUUUUAAAAUUUAACUUUUCAAUCAUUGGAAAUAUACAAGGAAUUCGUUUCUGGUUCAUUUACUUGGAAUCUCUUAAUUUCAUUUUUGCACUCGAAGGGAUAUCACGAUCACCUUGACAAUCCAAAACGUAGCCUGAUAACUAGACUGCGGAUCUUCAUGCAAAAUAAAAUCUUUGCAAAACGUACCCAAAAGAACUGUACCUAAACAGGAAUUUAUUAUCUGAAUUUGUUCUCUAAAAAUCUCUUAAACGCUUCAUCUGUUACUUCGCUCUGCAAAUAUCGCGAUACAAACUUUACCAUUGUAUCAUUUGAUAAAAUUUCGUAUAAAUGCAUAAAAGUCCGCAGUUAAUUAACAACGAAUCGAAUGAACUCGUCAGGUGUUCGCCCCUGUGAAAAUAACCGCGACGUUCUCCAAGUAUAUUUCUUUCUUACACGAAGAGCGCGUCACCUCCGAUUUCUUUGGUUGCGAUCGACGAAUGUUUGUGCAUAAGUGAUCAUGUCUGUAAAAGAGAUAAACGAAAACAGAACACUAUCAUUACACAGUGAAAGAGAACGGGGAGACAGUUGACUUCUUGCGAACGAUUAAAAUUUUCGUAAGCGAAAGAACAAAAGGAAACGGCGGAAGGUGUGUGAAAAUGCCGGAUACUAAGGCAAUUGCACAGCUGACAAUCACAACGUGAGCGGGGUUUGUUCGUUUACGCGGAUCAUCCGGGGGAUAAUGAUUACAGAACAGUCCUGGACCAUGAUGCUGGACAGCGAUGUCGCGGGCAUCAAUGAGUUGAGUAUUUCCCCGAGGAAACAAUUAUGGAUCAAGGCAGUGAAGAAGCUGACCUCCGAGAGGCUGGGUAGAGAGGGAUUGGCGGCGUGGCAGGACAGGGCCUCCAACAACGAUCCAGAAGUUCCGGAACCUGAGGAAGACCUCGAACCUGACGAUCCAGACACCGAUCCCGACGAGGAUCUCGCCGAUGAACCUGUCGACGCUGAAGCUCAACCGCAACCAGAUGUUUUCAAGAAAGGAGUCCUCUAUAAGGGAAUAUUCUGUCCGUCGCUGUCGAACAGUUUCCAUAGCAAGCAGCUGGAGAUCUCGUACCUCCAUUACUCGAACCGUCAACGGCAGAAGUCGCUGAUAAUGCUCAACAUCGUCGAUCUAAGCCUAAAGAUGGUUCUCAUGGCGAUAUGGCUGUGGCAAAGGGAAGAGGGCAGCGGCGGUCUCAUCGAAUCCUUAUCCUGGGCGUCCUGUUGCAUGGCGGCGAACCUGGCGGUGUGCAUUCUCGGCUGGUGGCGGUGUUUCUCCAAUAAUUACUUACACUGGGCUUCCAUAUUCACUUGGUUACUGAUCAACUCGCAAGGUUUUAUAGGAGCCGGUCUAGACUUCUCUAGCCAGCAACGUCUAAUGUGGUACAUUUUGUUUGUCGUGUACGCACCGUACGCCAUGCUGCCGUUGCCUUUGAGAUGGUGCGUCCUCGCCGGUUACGGAACAGCUUUAACGCACAUGGUUAUGGCGGGAAUAACUUUAUUGCGAGACCCGACAUACCUGCACGAUGUCGCGUGCAUAGUACGAAUGCUAACGACCAACGUCCUUCUUUAUCUUGCAAUGAAUCUAGCUGGCAUGUACACUAAGUAUUUGACAGACAGAGGACAGAGGCAGGCUUUCUUGGAGACCCACAGAUCAAUGGAGACCAGGCAGAGGACGCAGAAUGAGAACAACCGACAGGAGAAGUUGCUACUUUCCGUAUUGCCAGAUUUCGUGGCCAAAGAAAUGAUCAGUGAUAUCGCCCGUGAAACAGCUCGAGGUGGAACCAUCUCCUUUACACCCAAUCAAUUUCACAGAAUAUACAUCCAUCGCUACGAGAACGUUAGCAUACUCUUCGCUGACAUCAAAGGCUUCACCGCGUUGGCCAGUCAUUGUAGCGCCCAGGAGCUCGUCAAGGUGUUAAACGAUUUGUUCGCGCGUUUCGAUAGACUCUCCGCGGAGAAUCAUUGUCUGCGUAUAAAGUUACUCGGGGACUGUUAUUACUGCGUCUCUGGACUACCCACCGCCAGGAGCGAUCAUGCUCACUGUUGCGUCGAGAUGGGCAUGCAUAUGAUUAAAGCUAUAAGGGACGUACGAUACACCACGCAGGUUGACCUGAACAUGAGAAUAGGGAUCCACAGCGGGUCGGUGCUGUGCGGUGUACUAGGACUUCGAAAGUGGCAAUUCGACGUCUGGUCCUAUGACGUGACGCUGGCUAAUCACCUCGAGAGUGGAGGCAUACCUGGGCGGGUACACAUCUCGGAGGACACCCUGAAUUGUUUAAACGACGUGUACGACGUGGAGCCGGGAAACGGUACCGAGAGGGACAAUUACUUGAAAGAGAGGAACGUGGUGACUUACCUGAUCAAGCAAUUGGAGCCUGUGAAAAACAGGCGAAGGUUCUCCACGCGUCCUAAAGUUAUGUCAGAGGAGGACGCUGGGAAAAGUAAGAAGAGCUUCAAAGUGAACAACCCGUUGGCUGCGAACAUAAGUGCUCCGAAUACGUCGACGGACGACGAGAUCGGAGUCGACUGGACGCCAGAGAUUCCGUUUGAAAACUUGAACACGUCGUCAUCGGUUAGUAAUUUAGAGUCGGAGUAUCUCGAGGAAGAGAACGGUUCUGCUAAGAAUGCGAAAGCUGCAGCGUCUGGACUGAGGGCCGCGGGCCUUGAAACAGCGAGCAACAAGCGUAUGAGAUUGGCGAACAUAAACGCUUGGACUUUGCGCUACAACGACGAAAGCCUAGAAUCAAAGUUCGGCCAAUUGCGGGAGGAUAUGUUCAAGUCCAACAUGAUCUGUUGCUUCGUUGUGUGGAUAUUUAUCGCGAUCUGCCAGGCUAUUAUCUUGCCAGACUGUACGAUCCUCCUGCUCUCUCUGCUGGCGACAACGUUGGUCUUGGUGGCGUCGUCCAUCCUGGUGAUGGCGGAGGAGUUCAAGAGUCUCCCGACGUACCUGCAGCACGCCUCCUCGAUGCUGGUUCACAAUAAACAGCAUCGAACGAUCUUCAUAUGCAGCGUGAUCAGUUUGAUGGCACUGACGUCGAUCGUCGGGGUCCUCGCGUGUCCAGCGUCCAUACGACGGUACCCAGAGGCCAUGGUACUCGAACGACAGCAACUGACUACGCCAACUUUGCAGCCAGAACGACUGGUGGCCACGACUGUCGGCCUGGACCAGUUCAUACUGACGUUCCUGGAGACAGCUCUUCGCGACGAGCCUCCCGAGGAACGGAGAGACGGAUCCCGCGAGGAGAAUCACACCGCGCCCCACUUACCCAACGACAUUGGAACUUUAUUGGCCAGACCUGGCCACGGAGGGGCUAACUUGGCGAAAGGUCGAAGAAGAAAAGAAUCGUUCAGGGACGAGGAUGUUGACUCGAAGAAGACAACGUCGACGCCACAGACGGAGCCUCGAGCUGAACCUCUGUAUUCUUCGGAUUACGACGAGGACAUAGUCCUGGGGACCACCUGUGUUCGACCUGAAUACAUGGUGUUCACGUGGAUCUUGUGCCUCAUAGCGCUCGCCUCGGCUCUUAAGCUGUAUUAUCUUGUGAAGACAGCGUUAGCUACCAUCAUCGUGUCCGUCUACGCUGUGCUGAUCCUCGUGGUCUGCAAGGACUUCUUCUCUAUCCCCGACGAGGAGAGUUCACCGUCGAUACCUCUCUCGGCGCAGAUGUUGACGUUUCUGUGCGUGUUCCUCGUGAUGGUCACGUACCAUGGCAGAUUAGUAGAGGUGACGUCCAGAUUAGACUUCCUGUGGAAACAGCAAGCCGAAAGGGAGCUGAGCGAUAUGAUAGAGUCGCGUCACAACAACAUGCAGCUGUUGAAGAAUAUUUUGCCAGACCACGUCGCUCAUCACUUCCUCACCCAGGAACGAGCGCCAGAGGAACUGUACUCUCAAUCGCGGGAUAAGGUGGGCGUGAUGUUCGCCAGCGUACCGAACUUCACCGAGUUCUACUCCGAAGACGUGAAUAAAGGAAUGGAGUGCAUCCGUUUGUUGAAUGAAAUCAUAGCUGAUUUCGACGAACUCCUGGACGAGAAUCGGUUUCACUGCAUCGAGAAGAUAAAGACAGUUGGCGCGACCUACAUGGCGGCUUCUGGUCUCAAUCCGAGCGAAAACGAUACAAACAAGGACGACAUGGAGCAUCUUUGCAGAUUAGUGGACUACGCGGUAGCCAUGCGACUACGUCUCGAGGACGUCAACAUCCACUCGUUCAAUAACUUUGAUCUGAGAGUCGGGAUCAGCUGUGGCGCGUUGGUUGGCGGAGUCAUCGGUGCUAGGAAGCCCGUGUUCGACAUCUGGGGCAAUACAGUGAACCUGGCUUCUCGUAUGGACUCCACAGGAGUCAUGGGGAAGAUACAGGUUCCGCAGGACAUUGCUAGGUUCUUGGAGUCGAGGGGAUAUCAGACCCAGAAAAGAGGACUCAUCGAAGUGAAAGGCAAGGGAACGAUGGAGACGUACUUCGUGCUGGGAAAAGGGUCCAUGCAGCAGGAGGGCUCGACGAAACACACGACCAGAUGUCGAAGUCUCGCGGCCGUCGUUUAUGGUGUCGUUCAAGCUCGUCGCAAGCAAAUGCGAGCGCUUCGAAGGACAUAAACUUCGUAAUCGUAUCAGUUUCCUUGUACAAUUUUGUUGGUGCCUACUUGCGUAAAUGGCUCACCUUGCGUGGCACUCGAAACAGAACAUUUCAUUAUUUUCUCUUUUAGGAUGGUAACAAAGUAUUUAGAACAUACGUUUUUUUUACAUCUAGACAUAUAAAUAGCGUGAUCCAAUUUUUGUUAAUUUUAAAUAGUUACAUGGUAUCGUGUAUAUUAUUGUUCAUCUUUCAACAGAGACUUUUGAAACGAGUACCGAUCAGUAUCGAUUAGAUAUCAAUUGAAAUAUCAAACCAGACUUUACUAUCGAUCGGUGGCAAAACGAAUGCAUAUGGGUAGAUUUAAUAUUUUUAUUGCAUUUUCUCUGCGUCCGUUAUAUUUUUGUUCUCCGUCGAUCCGGGCUGAUUUCGCGUAUCGAGAAACAAUAGAUGUACGACGAGUAUAAAGUUGUUCGAGAUUGUGUUAAAUCUAGUCAAACAGAAAACUGUGUCAUGUAAUGUAAGAUAUGUAACGGACACGAGCAUGGACAUGGUCGGGAGUUGCUUCAGCGUCGAGGGCUGUACGUUGCAAGGAAUGAAAAUAAUUGUCGAACGUUGCAGGCAGCUUUUCUUUUUUGGGAAAAGUCAAUUUAAUAAUAAUUGCAAGGGCAGCAGCGUUCGUGUCGAUAAUUAUAAUGUACAGCACAGUCGAGCUCUGUGUAACUGUAUAUUACAUUGUUAUGGUAAACACAAUAUAUUUUAAUUAACCGUAAUAAUAAUCCAUGAUAAUAAUAGUCGUAAUGAUAAUAAUAAGGCUAGCUACAGCGUGAUCCCCCGCUCGAAGAGACCACCCGAUUCCGACUGUACACUUUUACAACGUACUUCAAUAAUAAUCUAAUUACAUUAAUAUAAUUAUUAUAAUCAUUACAAUCUGAACCUAAUUCGAAGAAUGAUGUCGCGACACGUGGGAGGGAACGUCUUGGUCUUUCGAGAAAUCAAUGUCUUUCGGAGUCCACGACGAUCCUAGUCGUACCGUUUCAGUGAUGGACAAAAUUCUAUUUGAAUAUGAAAUAUAUUAACGAACAAAUAGCUGUUUUCUCUUUUCACUCUUUGCCCAUCGCUGUUCCAUAACCUUUGCUUCCGGUACGAUCCGAGCGCUGGUUAGAGAGGUUAGGAACGACGCGCAUCGAUUUCUCGAAAAACGACGUGUGGCGUCUCUUAAAAAUUUCCGUUUUCCUUUCUUCCUUAUUAUUUUUUUUUUUUUCAUUUACGAUAUAAAGGCACUGUACACGUAAACAUACAAUAUAUAGGAGAGCGCUAUAGGCGGUCCAGAUGUUACUUUUUAAACGGUAAAACGGUGGCCGUUGAAAAAUAUUAUAAUACGAUCUUUUUUUUUUCUUUUGUUUGUUUGUUUCUUUAACCGUUAAGACGUUACACGCUUAAAAUAGGGGAGCGGUUUCCUUCGAUUCUAGCUGCAUUGGUCAACGCUAUUCUUUUUUUUUUUUUCGACGUUAUAAUAUUUAUAUAUUUAUUUAUACAAUAUAUAUAUGUAUAUCUUAAACGUUAAGGAAAAAUAUAGAAGACUAUUAUGUAUAUCGAAUGUGCAGAACUCACGGUAACUAUUCAGGAGGAAAAGUAAUUGGUCAAUGCGAUCAGAAGUUAAGAAAACGCUCCGGGUUAAAGGUUGGGAUCUGUUUUUAUCACAAUUUGGCAGUGAACGUUUUCACGUUUAAAAUACAGUUUUACAAGUUCUCUUCUUUAAGAGCUACGUAUCGUGAAUCUUCAUCUCUUCCGUAUUGUUUUCCCUCUUUUCUGCUAUUGUGCUCGCUACGAUUUCGCUUUUUUCCCCCCCUUUCUUUACGAGAAGUCGAAAAUACUAUUUCCUCUCCUAAUAUUCUCGGUUGUUCAGAAAAAAAUAAAUCUUUCCCUUAUUUUCGUGUCUGUUCGUUAACCUCGUUAAGUACAGGGUAUCUCGAGACCGAAUGCUGAUCAAAAUAAUACCUGGCCUUCGUUUAUUUUAUGCAACGUUAUCGAACCUGGACAAACGAAAAAUAAUGACUGCAUCAAAUUCUGCGUACAAAAAUUACACAAAUUUUGUCUCGACCAUCAUGUUGCUACUUAGGUAAUAUUUUAAACGGCACUCGGUUCGAAACGCUGCAUGUGAAUUAUUCAUUCCUAGAUCAUGUAGCGAAAAUAUGUUUUGUGUAAUGUUCUUUAAGAUUCAUCGUUAUUUCUGAUGUAUCUUUUGUUUGUUUCUUUCGAACCAGAAAUGAGCAAAAUUAUAUACUGAUACUUAGUAAUGGGUAAUAAUGCCGAUAUAUUCGAUUGAAUUUUUACUUUUUCGUUGUGGAAUAUUUUAUUCUACAAAUUAUGUUCUCAUUUUUAUUCAAUGAGCAACAAUUGUUCAUCCGUCGAAUUUUUUAUUUAGGUAAGAAUUUUGCCCAUCUCCAGAAAAGAGUUCAAGGAGAGGUCAGAGUGGUUGUUUAACCUGUUUCGCGGUAAUUCGCUAGCGUCUUGUGAGCAAUACUAAAUCGCCAUAAGAUUAUAAAACCAAUGUGAUUCUACGGAUUCGUUGGUAUCAAAAUACGAUACUUCCUAAAGAUCUGUGUACAUACGUGCGGGAUAAACAAUCACGCGAUCGUUGCGAGAUGCAAUUAUUAUACAAUCCCGUUGCUUGUUUUUCGAUAUUAGAAAAAGAGAAAUCAAGUAUUUACAUCUACUUACAUUCCGUUAAAAGAUAAGUUAACGUAUCCAACGUUUCGAUACGGUUCUCUUUAGUCGCGUUUCUUUCUGUUUUUUUUUUCUUUGCUCAACCGAAUCCGUCAUGUAUCGUGAAACUUAACAAAUGUAAAAGAAUUAAAAUUUUAUGCUUUUUAAGUUUCGACGCACCUCGACCAGCGAAUGUAAACUUAUCGAAGACCGGUCCUGUUUCAAUUAAGUGUACAAUUUGAUACACCAUUAAAAGUUUACGCUAACUGAUCCGUUGUUGCGAAUAGUAUAUUUCGUAUUUCUAAUGUAUUUUACGUUAUUUCGCGUUCCUAACUUAAAACAACACUUUUGCAGGCUGUUAAAGAAAUCUAGUACACCGCUUCGUCCGUAAAAGUACUGUUUUGCCAAUUGUUCAAAGUUAUAUACUAGACUUUUAAAUCAUCCUGCAUGAUUACAGCAUACAUUGCAAAAUAUGCUAUUAAAACAAUGUUUAAAAAAAUCAAGAUUAUAACAAAAAAAAAAUCAAUAAAUUAUAAAGAAAAUGAUUCCUUCGAAUUGUAAACGUUUGCCUUUUAUGUUCGUAGAUAUUUACUUCCUUUGAGGGUCUGUAAAUAUCCAUUCGCGAGUUCACCCUUUCGCUGAUAAUUGUUUACGCAUAAUUUCAUUAGAAUUUCACAAAAUUUUCGUUAAAUUGUGGACAUCUCCAUUUCCAAAUAACAGGACACAUACAUUAUUCGCGAGAACAAGUAUUUUCCUAGCGACGAUAAGUGUCCAGUUCACCCAUAUACGAAACGUUCCUAGAUAAAUUAAACUAAUCGCGGACAAACUUGGACUGCCCGCGCUGUGAAUCUUUACCCAGAGAUGAGCAGAAUUUUGUUCAAAUAAUAGACGACGGAUACAAAAUCUGUAUAGAAAUUUAUACGCAGUUACUCGGGUAAGUCUUUAUCCAUUUAACAUCGUACAUAAAUCGACUGUAUAAUUCAGACUCUAAUAUUCAUGAAACGAAUAAUAGACCUGGAGUUGUUUAUCUUUUAUUUGCUAUUAGAAAUUUGUCAUCUAGAUGAGAAUUUUGCCCACCUCUGUCUUAACCAAACGAACGAACAAACAUUGUUACGCAAACAUAAUUUCAGUUUCUCGUGCAGUAUGCAUCGUUUCCCACGAAAAACAGAUGCACCUUUCAAACGUUACUUCCUUAGAACAUUGUCAACGCGACAGACAAUUGCGUUUAUAAUCGAGAUGAAAUCAAUUAGCUGCUCAAAGAUACUCCAUCUUGCUCUCAACUGUAAACCACGCACCGUGCACAAACUUCUACUUUCACGCCACACACCCUCUCUGCGGAGAGACAAAGAAUGUGUUAGAUUAGGUUUACGUUUACAGCUUGCGUGGAAACGAGAAACAGAGUUGUCUUCGCAACCGAUUGUUUUUACUCUAUUAUAGCCUUGCUGUACGACAUUGCAAAUGUUCUCGAUCUCACAGCAAAACGUAGGCUUAGCGAUCAGAGAUGGGCAAAAUUUUAUUCGAGUAAUAGAUAACGAAUACGCGACGAUUUAAUUUUAUUUAUGACGUGAGAUACAGUAACGAAUAAAAAGUAAUUAGUCUUUUAUUCGUUAGUUUUGUUUAGUUAAGAAUUUUGUCUAUCUCUGUUAGCGGUGCACGAUGGGACCACUCUCGUUUCGUUUCGUAUCAACUAUCGAAGCUCUUAAGCCGUCUGUUUUCGCUUUACUUCGCAUUGUUACCUAACCUUAUCGUUUACAUUAAAUAUAUUUAUAUAAUUUAUUAAUCGUUAGUCAAAGUUGUCAAGUCAGUUCGAAAUAUCGGCAGAGUUCAUCGUCGCUCUCGACCGCCAAUAUAUCAUAUGCGUUGAGAUCAUUUGAGUGUAUGGAUUAAAAUACUCUUCGAUACGAGUUUCUGAACCCGUGGGGAUCGCGUAUAGUCGAAGCAAAAUCAAUUCACUGACAGAGACUACUAUUCCCACUGCAAGUGCUCGUUUGUAGACCAGAAUUGAGCAGUGAUUACAUUGCUAUUGCUUUUGUAAUUACCAUUCACAAUUGUCAGAUUGUGAAUCAAUCAUUUAUAAUCUAUCAGAGCUAAUCGUGUCUAAUUUGUUAUAGAUCACGAUUGAUGAUUAAUGAAUUAAUGAGUUAUGAUUAUUCACUAAUCAUAAUCAUGGACUACUUAUUGCUUAAUAAUGUAGCACACUUGCGUGUAAAUACAAGUGGUGAGGAAUAGGUUAAUAAUCAAUGUAGUGAGGAUAGUUGCCUAGAGCAGUCAAUGUAUUUUGCGGCAACUCGGUUAUCAUAGACAGCGCGUGUUGACACUCUCCAGAAACCAGUAUUACACAGUAUAUAUAUAUAUACGUAUGUAUAUAUUGCAAUUGAAUGACGCAACGUUGAAAUUGGUCGCGUGUAUAUAAAAGGAGAAAUGCGGUUGUUAUUCGUCGUCAACUAACUCGGCGGAACUAGCGGCAUUUCUAGGAUUUUCAAAAAUACAUCGUUUUCCGGAUGAUCUUAUUACGACCUGUACGGACAUCAUUUUUCCCCUUUCUCUCCCACUCUUUCACGCGUUUGCGAAAAUACAUCUUUUCGGCGGAACAAGAAUUGGAUUAUUUAUACACUUGCGGUAGGUAAGAUUUAUGGGUUUUCUAUUCCUCUCUUCUGGCACGUACAUUUGGCGCUAUUAAACGCCAAUGUGAAUUGACGAGACUGAGUUGAAGGUACGUUUUAUAUAUAUAUAUAUAUAUAUAUAUAUUUUUUUUUAUAUUUCUUUGCCUUAAGAUUUACUUCGCUGUCACGACAAUUAUACAUCAGCGUUUCCCAAUUUUUCCCCUUUAGACAGACGUUGAUCCUGAAUCUUCCGUGCACCGCCUUUAGAAUCGAUAAAAUUGUUCUAAAUAUUCUACGAUCGAAUUAAGAUAAAUAGUAUUUUAAAUAAAUGAUCCGGGUUUGACGAUCCUUGUAUGUCUCCACUGCUAGUUACAUAAGUUGUAUAGAUCAAUUAAAAUUGAUUGAUACGAAUUCAUUCGGAAUUAAUAAAUAUCUCCCUCUCCUUAAAUCAUUUCGCGAUUCGCAAAGAUUAAAAGUAAAUCUAUACAUGAUUUCUAAAUUCUGAUACCGAGUUCGCGUUUCUUCUUCCUCGUUUGCGACGAAUGAUCACGAUACUAUAAAUUGAGAAACGCCGUUCUAUAAGCUGUUCGCAGCACGUGUCUCCCUUCUUUCGUUCUAAACACGGAAGUUAUACCUUAGUAAUUGCUAUACAAACCAUACGUUUUACUAUACAAAUAUGUUAGAGCCGCAAUGACACAAUAAUUGAUUAAUUCUGUGGGGAGAUAUUUGUCGCGAAUGCCACCACUGUACAGCUUGUAUCCUUUUCCUGUUCUGUCAUCCACGAAAUGGUAGAAAAGCGUAAUGAUAAUAAUCGUUCCAAAAGGACUCAAGCUUGAUAUGAGAACACCACCUUGCUGCUUGAGCAAUUCAAUGUCACUGGCAGUAAGACAUUCGUAACCAUGUUUAAUAUCCUCGCCACUUCCAUAAGAAAUCAAUGAUCGUCUCGAUCCGCUUGUUUACAAAAAUGUACAAGUAUGUUUUGAGCAGCUUCGCAAUACUUUACAACCGUACUCUAAUCCGUAAUAAUAGUUAACGACAGCUUAUCCCCUCCUUCAUCACUUUGGACUAAAUGUAAUCCUUUAACAUAUUCGUAAUUGGCAGUGAACAUUUCCGUGAAUUUUCUCGCGCGCGAUGAACUUCUUUUACGUAUUUUUUUUCAUUUCCAUUUCCACUUUGUUUUUUAUAUUUUUUUGGGAUCGCGAUUCGAUGAAAAUUUUGAGACACGCGAUCGAAGAAAACGAUAGCAACGAAGAAACGAAUAUUACCGUACGCCUAAAUGCUAGUUUUCGCAGUUCUUUACUCUGACACGACGCUGAUAAGAAACGCGUUCGAUGAUAAUUUACGUGUCCCGGCGUGUCUUGUCGCGAAGCUUACGCACGGCGAUGCCAUUAAAGGAUUUACAAGCAUAACGCAGUCUUCUCUCGUUUCUUUUAUUUCCUUAACUUUCGACUUUACAUACCCAAGAGCUAGAAAUAAUUUUCUUUUUUUACACGUAUCGCGCGAGUUCGAAAUUAUACGAGUAUGGGCCAUUAAUCUAAACCGUUUGUACAAAUAGUGCUAACUAAUUGUCAGGAUGUUGAAAAACUUUCGAUUGCUCCAGUGACUAUAUCGAAUAUUGUGCGUGUCUUAAAAAAUUAGUCAUGGAAAUGGUUCAACGCAGCAAAUUUCCUAACCUCAUUUGCUUUCUUUUCUCUCUCUCUCACUCUCCCCCUCCCCAUUUUUUUUUUUAUAGUAGCUCUCAGGUACCUGAAUAAUGCUUAUCGUAAAGUUCCUUUUUCGAACACAGACACUGAACUAACAAAGUCACUGCAGAGUGCCCAAGAAGUCCAAAUAUCUGUGU